AUGACCCCACCUGGGAUAAUUGUCAGCAACUUUUACAGGCUCUGUUCACAUCCGAGGAAUGAGAAAGAAUUAGAAGACACGCUAUUCGAACUCCCCCACACUGUUUGGGGAAGCUCUCAGCAGAGAUCUACAAGAGCCACCGAGGGACUCCUGGAGGCCCUACAAGGUCUGGGAUAUCGAGUGUCCUGGAAGAAAGCCCAGCUCUGCAAAACCAAGGUAACUUACUUGGGUUAUGUUCUUGAAAAAGGGAAAAGAAAGUUAGCUGAAUCCAGGGUGUCAGCGAUCCUUCAGAUCCCCACGCCCAGCUCAAAGAAGCAAGUGCGUGAGUUCCUGGGGGCCAUAGGAUACUGCAGAAUCUGGAUACCUAGCUUUGCUGAAAUUGCCAAACCCCUGCAUGAGGCUACGGCGGGGGGAAAUACACCCCUUGAAUGGACAGAGGCUUGCCAGCAAGCAUUCCAGACGCUCAAGACUGCGCUCACCACAGCGCCAGCCUUAGCCCUGCCUGACUUAAAUAAACCUUUCACCUUAUAUGUGGCAGAGAGGAACGGGGUGGCAAAAGGAGUGAUCACACAGUCUUUGGGGCCUUGGAAGCGACCUAUAGCCUAUCUGUCCAAAAGACUUGACCCAGUGGCCAGAGGAUGGCCGUCCUGUUUAAGGACGAUAGCUGCAGCUGCUGCUUUAACUCGGGAAGCUGAUAAACUGACUUUUGGCCAGGAUCUAACUCUGAUCACUCCUCAUGCUAUUGAGCCCCUGUUGCACAACUCACCAAGCAGAUGGCUAUCAAAUGCUAGAUUGUUGCAGUACCAGGGACUCUUGUUAGAACAGCCGCGCAUUAAAUUUGCCACAACCUCUAACCUGAAUCCUGCUAGCCUGCUCCCUGAAUCAGAUGAUCAACUGCCCAUCCAUGACUGCCUUGAGACUCUCGAAAAUCUGCGGGGAGGACGUCCAGAUCUGACGGACCUGGCCCUUCCCCGACCUGAGGCAACAUACUACACUGAUGGAUGCAGUUUCCUACGUGAAGGUGUGCGAUAUGCGGGAGCAGCAAUAGUCAAUCAGGAUCAACAGGUAAUAUGGGAACAAGGGCUGCCCCAAGGGACGUCAGCACAGGAGGCCGAACUAAUCGCUUUAACUAAGGCUCUGGAAUUAGGAAAAGGGAAAAAGAUAAAUAUUUUCACUGACAGUCGUUAUGCUUUUGCUACUGCCCAUGUGCAUGGAGAAAUUUACCAGAAUAGAGGACCUUUAACAUCAGACGGGAAAGAAAUUAGAAACAAAGCUGAGAUAUUGGCUCUGCUGCAAGCCAUUUGGCUGCCAAGGGAGGUUGCCAUUAUUCACUGCCGUCGACAUCAAAGGAAUUCCAGCCCUGAAGUGAUUGGAAACAACGCAGCUGACCGGGCAGCAAAGCGAGCUGCCCAAAAAUCAGUGGGGAAACAAAUGGUGCUGCUACCUACACCCGUGCUCCCAGAGGGGCCUGAAUACACAGAGGAAGAAAUAACGGAGAUGAGUAAGAACCACUGGACCAGAGGAAAAUAUGGAUGAUGGACAACAGAUGAAGGAAAGAUCGUUCUGCCAGCUGCGAUGGCUGACACUUUGCUGAAUGAGCUCCAUGAAUCCACCCACCUAGGAGACAAGAGAAUGAUGGCCCUGCUACGGCCCCACUUUGUCAGCAGAGAAUUAGCCCAGAAGGCCCGGGACAAAGUGAGACGGUGCCCCACCUGCCUCAAGGUAAACGCGAAUCGGGUAACUGGGCCCCCAGGGGUCCGAUAUAGGGGACUGACUCCCGGAGAGCACUGGGAACUGGACUUCACCGAGAUGAAACUAGGCAUGUAUGGUUACAAAUAUCUAUUAGUUUUCAUAGACACAUUCUCAGGGUGGAUAGAAGCAUAUCCUACUAAAAAGGAAACAGCUGAGGUAACAGUAAAAAAGCUCCUGACUGAGAUAGUUCCCCGAUUUGGCUUGCCCUUAGCCCUGGGGUCCGACAAUGGCCCAGCCUUCACGGCUAAAGUGUCUAAACUGAUUAGCCUAAGCAUUGGAAUUAGAUGGAAUUUACAUUGUGCUUACAGACCUCAAA